AUGCAGACUCCUCAUGAGAACUGGACUCUUGUGACGGAAUUUGUCCUGGUGGGCUUUACUGGCAUACAUGAAGGGCACAUGCCUCUCUUUGCCUUCUUCUUGCUCAUGUACGUGCUGACCCUGACUGAGAAUGGCUUCCUGGUCCUAGCGGUGGCAAUAGAAAAGCGCCUGCAUACCCCCAUGUACUUCUUUCUUAUCCACCUUUCGUGCUUGGGCAUCUGGUACACCUCCCUCACUGUGCCCAAGAUGCUGUCUGGCUUUGGAUCCCUCACUGGUAGGAUGAUCUCCUAUCCUGCCUGCUUGACCCAGCUUACCCAGCUUUACCUCUUCACCUUCUCGGGCAGCACUGAAUGCUUCCUGUGAGCAGCCAUGGCCUAUGACCGCUACGAGGCGAUCUGUGUACCACUGCGCUACCAGGAGAUGGCAGCGAGACCCUGUAAGCUCCUCUCAGCUGGCUCCUGGCUAGUUGGGUUUCUCACCCCAGCACUGCCUGUCUAUUUCAUGUCGCAGCUGACCUUUUGCGGCCCCAGUGCGAUAGACCACUUCUUCUGUGAUGCCUCUCCACUCCUUGUUCUCUCCUGCACUGACACUUCCCUGAAAGAGACGGUUGACUUCCUGGUCUCCUUAGUUGUGCUCCUGAUUUCCUGCUUUGUCAUCGUGGUAUCAUAUGUCCUCAUUCUCUCCACAGUGCUGAAGAUGGACUCUUUGGUGGGACGCUACCGGGCCUUUCCAACCUAUACUGGCCACCUCACGGUGGUGUCUGUCUUCUAUGGGACACUUUUCUUCAUGUAUGUCCGUACUAAAGUUGCCUCCUCUAUCAACUUCAAUAAGGUGGUGUCAGUUUUUUAUGCAAUAGUCACUCCUGUGCUCAACCCCUUGAUCUACAGUCUAAGGAAGACAGAAGUGAAGGGAGCCUUACACAGGGCCAUUUUCAAGGGAAAGUAG